GUAAAAUUACUAGAUCUCAGAUCAAAAGUCAUAAUUUUAGGGAUAAUUUUAUACAUAUUUUUCUGGUUUGAGGUCGUCACUGAAAGGAAUGAAAUCUAUGUUUAAAGGGACAAACUUUUCCACUUGUGACAAUCUAGAACGGUCUAAUGAUAAUACAUAAACCGUUUUUUCUACCGUUGUGUGCUGUGUUGCGGUGACGGUAAUUUCGACAUUGUAAUUUGCAGUUUUGACUGGGGAUCUAUGGCUGUGGUUGAUGUAUUUGUUGGUAACUUCACUGUCAUUGAUACAGACUUGUAUGAGCUUUGGCUGACCGGCUAUUCAGCACAUGAUGCAUCUGCAGUACUACAGAAGCGAGGUGUGCUACACAACAUGGGGGUCAGUUUCCAGGAUCUUGUAUCUGAUACACACGAUAACUACCGUCUUUUUAUAAACCUGGAAAAACUGCUGAAGGACCCAACAAAACUAACAGAGCAACACCUAUAUCAACUUGAUUCACAGACACAGAAACUCCUUAUAGAAAGAUAUUACCAGUUUGAUGCAGCAGUGGUUAGAGAGGUCCUUGGAAAGAAGCUUUCAUCAAGGAACAGGAAAGAUCUUGAUGAAGUGUGUGAGAAGACUAGAGUGCCCCUCAGAUCAUGUAGGCGUCAGUUUGACAACUUGAAGAGGGUGUUUAAGACUGUAGAGGACCUGACAGGAUCACUGGUAGAAAACAUACAGACACACUAUCUUGUCUCUGAGGUACUGGCAAAGGAAUAUGCUGCCAUUGUGUUCAUAGCCAACAAUCGAUUUGAGACAGGAAAGAAAAAAUUAAGUCAUCUCACCUUCUAUGAUUUUGUGUACUGUGCUACAUCUAUGAUGGCUAAUUGGUCCUACACAGCCAAAGAUUCUUCAGGACAUGAAGAUAUAGAUGUUGAUCUUGACCGAAGAUUCCUCCAGGACUUGCGAGAGUUCAAGCUCCUUCUGGAUAAGGAAAGCUUAGAUGAACAUAAGAGUUUGGUUUUAAAUGCAACAAAAGGUUCACUUCCAAAGAAAAUACAUCAAGAUUUAGAUGAUAAUUUUAAGAACAUGUCAAAAGCAAUUGUAAAUAUUGCCUAUGGAUUAAAUCACAGUAAAGAAGCUAGAGACAUAUUCAUUGACUUGGUAGAAAAGAUCACUGAGCCAUGUAUGCAGGGACGCUGGCUGAAGGAUGAGCUGAAAAUUGUUUUGACAGCCUAUAGGGAUGUCUGUCCCCAGUUAGAUGCUUUCCGUCAUAGGAACCUGACAAGACAAAAAGCUGUGUGGGAUAGGUAUAUGAACACUCUUACAUCCUGUGUAGUGCAGAUCUAUCACAGCUGAUAACGACACUGAAUCAUCGUAGAAGGAUAAAUUAUUGAAUUUAGGAGAUCAGUUGUACAUUGACAAGUCAUCUGAUUUCAAAUUCUGUUCCCUAACCAUGGUUGUGUAGAAGCACACAUCAUCAGAUACACUGUGAGGUUGAAAUGUGCAGACAGAAACAAAGGAAAAUGAUUAGAAAUCAGACUAUCAGAUAGUGAUAUUGACUUGGUGGUCAUGAUCUCAUUGAAUAAAUAAAGUUGUAAGUCAACAAUGACUGACCACUUUCAUGUAAAAUCAUGGUGUUAUACAAUACCAUUAAGAAAAGCAGACUGAUCUGUUAUUUUCUAUGGAAGGAAUCAUCAUCAAAACUCAUAUGUUGCCAUUUGAUGUGCAGUAACAUCUAUGAAACAGAUUAAUUGCAAAUUGUUUAUUUUAGCCUGUGUUUUGAUGCGAAGAAAUGUUUUGAUAUAAUGAUUUCGAUAUUCUAGUCAUAAUAUUGAAACCAGUAUUUUUGUUUAUUGAAAGUGCUGUAACUAUUUCUUUAGCCUUUUCUUUUAAGAAAGCAGGAAAACGUUCAUGAUUAUAGAUAAUUUUGAUGUACUACCAACCCAUCAUUGUGUAGAAAAUUUCGCCAUUGUUAAUAUCUAAUGUAGGCAUUACAUGUGAUGCAUAUGUGAAGACAAGGUAAUUACUUUGCUGAUCUAACACAUGGUUUGACAAGGAUCUAAUUUUCAGUCAACCAUCAUUAAUUAGUAGGCUGUUUAAAUUCCCCUUUGUCUGUGGUCAGUUAUCCAUCUGUCUUUAAGAAUUUUUGUUAUCGAUAUUUCUUGAGAAGUGCUGGAUACUGUGGUAAAUUAUUUUUCAGUUUCAUAAGGAUGUAGAUUUCACUUGGUCCAAAAACAAAAUGGUUGACAGGUGGCCAUCAUGGAUUAUUUGACAGUUAUAGUUAAUUAUCACUAUUCGUUGAGAAAUGUUCGUUCUUAAAUUCCAUAUGUAGGUUCCUCUUGGAUCAUAUAUAUUUGUUGUUUGAUUUAUGGACUGAUCUUCAAAAAUGAUAUAGUUAUUUCUUCACAGGAAUUUUGAAUUACACAUAAUAAAAGAGCAAAAUUUAAGAGAAAGGAGAUCAACGUUUGAAGACCAAAACAGAUCAAACAAUGAUGGGUGCCAAGAUAAUCGUGGGAUCUUGUUUUAAAAAGAAAAAUUCAGCAGGAGAGAUAUAUAUAUAUAUAUUUGUUUGUACUAAUAUUUGCUAUCUUGUGACAUACUUUAUCUCCUGAAAGGAGGUAGAGCUUCAAAUACAAAACAUUAAACAUUUUGUGAA